AUGUCUCAGCCUCGCCUUGUCAAGACCGUCCGAUGCACCGGCACGCCGUACCAGAUCGGCCUCGCGCACGGCCGGGCCGUCGCCGCCCAGGUACACAAGAACGUGGCCACGUACACGGCCUUUUUCGACGAGACGGUCGGGCUCACGUGGGCGGAGGCACGCGCGCGGGCCGUCGACCAGUUUGCCGGCCGUCUGGGGCGCUGCUACCCGGCGAUUCUGGAGGAGAUGCAGGGGAUUGCCGACGGAGCCGGCGGCGGGCUGACGCGGGACGACGUGCUGACGCUGAAUGUGCGGAGCGAGAUUGCGCUGACCAACUACACGGACGGGUGCACGUCGCUGGCGCAGGAGGUGGUGGGCGCGGACGGCCGUCAGGUGUUUCUGGCCCAGAACUGGGACUGGCUGGAGGAGCUGCACGAGGGCAUGGUGUCGUUUGACAUAGCGCCAGAGACGGCACCGGGAAACGGCGUCGAGCGCUUCGUGUUCCUGGGCGAGGCGGGCAUCGUCGGCAAGAUCGGCAUGAACAGUGCCGGGUUUGGGUUCUGCAUGAACGCGAUCCGCUCCGGCGCGCAGGGCACGACCGACCGCCACCUGCCCGUGCACGUGCUGGCCCGGCGCCUGCUGCAGUACGCCACGUCGCUGGACGCCGCGCUGGCCAUCCUCGAGACCGAGUUUGGCGCGGCCAGCUGCAUCAACCUGAUGCUGGCGGACCGCUCGGGUCAGCUCGCCGAUGUCGAGUGCUCGCCAUACGGGCACGCCCGCAUUGAUCCAGAUCCGACCAAGCUCGCUGACCAUGGAAACGCCAGGAGCCGGUUCGUCGCACACACCAACCAUUUGUACGGCACGGCGGCCCAGGGGCGUCCCGCCCGGCUGGUAGACCACCCGGCCGACAACUCGUUUGCGCGUCUGGCGCGGAUGCAGGCCCUCACGCGCGCCGACGCAGCCGCCGGCGUGCCCGUCUCGUUUGCGUCCCUGCACGCGCGCCUCAGCGACCUCGAGGGCGCGCCGUAUGCCAUUUGCCGCAGCCGGCCGCCGGGCGCCGUGGGCAUGGAGCGGAUGGUGACGCUGUGCACGAUCCUGAUGGAGCUGACGACGGGGCAAGGACGGGUGUCGAUUGGGCGGCCGUGCGAGCCCGACAUUCCCGUGAUUGAGUGGCAGUUAUAG